AUGGCCAGGCUACCGCAGCUCCCUCUGGAGCUGAUCAUCAAAAUCUUGGCCAUGUCCCUCGAAGAAGAGCCGGUCUGCGCCUUUAAUCUACUCGCCCCCGAAUGGAAUCUAUGUGGGAGACAGCACGGCGGCCAAGGACACCUAUCGACGACGUUUGACCACUGCAGCAAAGACUGCAUCCACCUUCCGCUCAUGCACGACCCCAGAGGCCUCCCGCCGCUCGAGCCCUACCUUGACCGCGAACUGGUCAAGGAAUGGUCCGGGACGAACACAAUGGUGCUCGGGCAGACACCCUGGUACAUCGGCCCACUUUCUGACUCGGAGCUUGCACGGAAGGCGAUGGUCCCGCCUGUCCCGGGGACGACGGGGGCCCCAAUAACGUUCAUCUACGAGCGCAUCCAGCACCUCGUCCUCAACACGGUCCCGUCGCUGUGGGACCUCAAGAACACCGACUUCGGCACCAUGCCCGACUACCCGCAGGACAUUGCCCCGGGGGUGCUCGAGGCCAUCGACGCCCAGCUCGCGGUUGAGCGGUCCUUCCACCUCAUCGCGGACUGGGCCGCGAUGACGCGGCUGGAAUCCGUCUUCCUCGACGUCAGGCCAUUCAGCCGCAGUAAGCUUGGCGAGGCGGACAUUGCGGCUGCCGCGUGUGGGCUCGCGGGGAGGGGCCUGAAGCUCCUCGUCGUGGCUGGGCUGCGGUCUUUCGAGUACUACACCGGUCCCGAACCCAUGGAGAUGGGCCCGGAUUCCGACGCUGAGGAUGAUGGCAAGGACGGUGGUCGGGCGUACAACCCCGGCGGGUGGGACUGGAUCCGCCUGUUCCGGGACGCGGUUCGGCCCGGCGGGAAGCUGAUCUUGGUCGACAAGCAGCUCGACGCCAUCAGGCCGCUGCCAUUCUGCCGUUCUGACCAGCUAAUCACAUGCAAGUAAGUGAGAGGAGGAUGGUAAGUGUGAUAUAUGCGGUAAGUAUUUGGGAAAAGGGAUGUAUAUAUACGGAGUAAAAAAGUAGGGUUUUGAGGUAAGAUCGAAGUAUUAGAAGAGAGGUAGGAGGAAUGAAUUCUGAUAUAUCAAGACACAUCUCAACAAAGGCUUGAUCUCCCUCGCGUGUACAUCUGUGAGUGUGAACCCAGGAAUGGAGCGGAGGAGCGGGAAUGGAGCCCUGAAUAGGGGUCCAAAAUAUCUCUUGGCGUCCGCGAUCGCCCCGGCCCGCGAAUGGAUUCGCCGCAACCAUAUAG